CUCGAUUCAUAGACAACAAAUAAAGCCGUCUUAUUUUUUGAAGUGUCAAAAAUGAACGAAUUGUUUGAAGUAAACAGUAUGGAUAUUUGCCAAUUCUGUAAUUUGUAAAUUAUGUUGAAAAUAUUGAAGUGUGGGGUUAUUUAAUUCAAUUCUAAUAAAGACAUUACAUUAUGUGGCCCAUGCUCUUAAACUUAACGCGCGACGAAUGUCGUCGGACGCUUCGAAGACUUGAAUUGGAAGCCUACUCGAAUAUGAUCAGUGUGUUUAGAGCACAGGGGGCAUUGGAAGACAACAGAAAAAAGUUACUCGAGGAACUACGCGCCGUUUUGCAUAUAAGCAAUGAUCGGCAUAGCGCUGAAGCACGCCGCGUGUCUAAUGACGAAUUAUUGGCUACAAUUGCAGAACAGUUAUCAGGCCCCAAUACAGGUCUAGGAUGGAUCAGCGAAGGUCGGAGGAGAGUGCCCCUCCUACCGCGCGGUGUAGCACAGACUAUGUACACAGAGAUUGCGGAUAAAGCAGCUGAAGCUGCUGCCGCCGAAAAUAAAGAGAUCAUUAAGAAACUCGAAGCGGAGAAACUCGUCGCUCCUAAAUCAAAUGAAGAAGAUGUACCUGAGGCUGAAGGAGAAACGGCAGAGGGCGCUCUUUCCUCCAAUGAAGUUACUGAUGAUAUGCUAUAUCCACCUGUGGCUAUGGAAGACCAAACGAGCAAAUUAUGGGAUACAGAAAUAAUUUGCCGUAAAAGAAAGUUUCCCGAAAGUGGUGCAAUACCAGACGAUGCCACGAUACCUGUCAAAAACAUGAGGAAUAUACCUGUAAACACAAAUCAAAAACAUCUAAAUUUAUCACAGAUAUAUUCGAAAUUUUCACAACCUGCUACAAGUAAGCCAUCUGGCCAAUCUAAGCAUUCAUAUAACCAAGUAAGCAAAGUAUCCACUAGUAAAUCAGCUCACACACGAAAACAAACACAUAAGCACAGAACACAUAAAAGUUCAAAAAAUUCUGCACAAGGCACCUUAUCAAAAUCUCAAAUGAAAAAGCAACAACAACAGGAAUUGGCUAUGUCACCAAGCAAACAGUACAAUCCAUCAUCAAUGCAACUCGAGUAUUCUGGCCCACCUAACACCUUCCAGGCCAGUUAUGCUCAAUCAGUAUUAGGAAACAAACCCAAGGUUGACUAUAUGGAAGACGUGAAACAGAAAGGUCUUGCGUCGCCUAGCAUGAUGACAGACUCUCCAACUAUGCAACUAUUGACGCAGCCUGCGACGUUGCCUCACGAGCUAGGUGUGUCAGACAACGUGCACCCAGAUGAUCCGUCUAUGCUGCAAGCUCAAAGCAUACCUACAACAAAACAAAUAUCAGGCAAUAAACCUUGCCACCUCAUAAUAAAGAAACGCGGCGAAAUUACUCCUGAUAAAAAAGUACAAAUGUCUGAAAUUAAACUGUUACAAAAACCAUCAGAAGGAAUCAAAUUAUUGAAUCGACAAGUUGUCGUAGCCCCUCCUUCUGCACAAAAGACGCAAACUCCAGGGAAAUUAGUAGCAACUAAAGUUAUCGGCUCCAUACCAAAAGGUAGGACACCAGGAACUCCAUCGGAUAAAAUGAUUGUUGUAUCAAAACCAGCAUCGGAAAUAAAAAAUUUGUCCAAUUCAAAGAUUAUUAUAACAUCAUCUGUAACUGUGACACCAGGAAAAGAUAUGGUCCCAAUAAGUACAAAUAGCAUAUCACAUAAAACCACUGAAACAUUUACACCGAAAGGGAUUCCUACGACGGAUUUGAAAGUGUCUGCCAAAACUGUAGUUUUGAAUUCAAAGUCGGGGCAAAAGAUGGUUGUUCUACCUGCAAAAGCCCGGACGAAACCUGGUCCAGAAGGCCAAAUACCUCUUAUACAUUUUAAAGGUCUUUCGACUGGAAUGAAACUUGUACCUGUUAGUUCUCAAGCGGCGACUCCUGUGUCUAAGACUACAGCAUUGCCCAUAGUAUCGAAACCUGCAGUGGUCGGUGCAAUAGCCUCUAAUACUAAACUUGUUAAUGUAGAACCCAUCAAAACAGCUAAUCUAGCCGACAUCAUGCCAGUUAAAGGAAUGACCCCUAUUACUACGCCCAAAAUAACAAAUCCUAUUGUACGACCAGCGAGUGCAAAAGGCAGCGUCAUUGUAGUACAAAAAGGAGCCACCAUUGGGAAAGCAUUGACUUUUACAAAGAAUGGUAACGACAUGUCCAAAAUAAUAAUGGGGAAAAACAUUAAUCAACUUUUACAAGCAUCAAAAUCGGAUGCAGCAGAUCCUUCUAAAUGUGCUGGUAACGUGAUUGUUUUAGAAUUGAAUAACGAACAGACUGGUCGUGCAACUACCAUGUCGGAAAUAUUGGAGAGUAGAAACACCAAUAUUGCAAGAGAACACGACGAAGGAGCGAAGGUCGCUCAAAUUACACAAGAUACUCCUGUUUUAUUUGAGAAUACAAUCACUGAUGAUAACUGUAAUGCGAGUAGCUUAGACUCCACCGCUGACAGUAUAGGUGGCAUCGUAACCAUUGAGGAUUCUGUCAUACCCACUCUAGAAAAAGAUGUCGAGAAAUCUAGUUUUAUUAAAGAUGUCGAAGCUGUAAAGGAUUCAUCGAGUGUCACCGAUUGGGAAAUGGAGUUAGACACUGUUUCCCGCAAAGGCAAGGAUGACGAUGACAAAUUGAAUUCUUUGCAUUUGGAUCUCGGCAUGUCGAGUGACAGCGAAAACGAGUACAUGGUCGACAGUCACAAAUCCAAAAGCAAGCACUCUUCGCAAGAAAGCAUCCCAACUGCGACAGCAGAAACAUCGAUGCUUUUAGGGGAGACCAGCGAGAUUUACGGCAGUUCGUCAGGUUUAUCGCUCGCGACGCGAACGCUCCUGAGUCAACUGCAAGACGAAGGGUCGUCAAGCAACGAUUCAUCUUUCGCGCUCAAGUCGAAAGCGGGGGAAAAAUUAAAAGAAUCCGACUCGAAAAUUGACAAAUCUGAAUCGGACGCGUUGACGAAAGCGAAGGAGAAGCUGUCGGAGAAGGUGGCGGAGGCUAAAUCCCAGCAAAAGCGGAUAGACAUAUACAGUACGGCGAUCAGUUCGUCUGAUAUAAAUUUGGAUUCAUUCUCGUAUUUGGCGGAGAGUAUAAUGGCCGGGGACGACGUUUUCUGCGGGGAGGAGCCGAAAGCGAGAGAAUCUAGACGACCAGACGCACUCCACGAUCAACUCAGUCGGCUACUGGGCGAAGACUCCGCAAACUCAACAGACUCGCAAACUGUAAGUGAAACUAUGCCUUUAAGCAAAUGAGCAAUACUCUAGGUUUAAUCUGAAAUGGUAAAGUGUUUCUUUAAAAUGUAAUGGCGAUUAGAUUAAGCUGGGACAUAUAAUGUGAAGUGUGAAGUGAUGUUGCCGCCGGUAAUCUCUGUAUUGUUUUGUUGAAAUCGUAAUUGGAACAGUUUUCGAAUGGUGUGUUGUAUUGUAAAAUAUAUUGUCUUUUAUUGAUGUUAGAGGCUUUGAAUUUGGAGUACCCAAUAGAUUUUGGACUUUAUGUAUGUUAGUGAUAAAAAAUUAAAUCUAUAGUAUCGAGACACUCGUUGGUGUUGAACCGCCUGAUAAGACCAGUUAGACGGGUAGUGCUUUUUUAGCAAAUAGUGUUGUAUAUUGUAAUUUUGAAAAUAUUAUAAAUACUUUAUCAACUGUCAUUGCAAUUUCAAUGGGAGUGUAAAUAUGAUAUAAGUACUGAGCUAUUUAUUAAGUCUAGCGUAGAGUAAGUUUGUAUUAUGACAAUUUUAACAUUUAUGAAGUGAUUACUAUAAGUCUCUUUAAUUUACCUGAUAAAAAAGCACUACUUUGUGUAAUCGGAAAUAAAGGGGAAUGAUUGUACGUUAUAUGUUAUUAUUAUUCCAUCAUAAUGGCAGCUGUAAUAAAACCUUACCUUUUUAAUAUGAAAGCAUACGCAUUUGUUUUUUAAUAUUAUUGAAAAUCCAAUUGAGCAUUUGAUAGGUAGGUGUUUUAUGGCAGAUUUAUACUUCAAUACGGUACUUUACUACUAGUUUAACAACAGCACCAGUAACUUGACUUAUACCAGCAAGAUUGGCCUCUGCUGCUGUAUCAAUUUACAUUGAUUCUAAUGUGCUGUAGCUUAUUUUGCUGCGAAUUAUACUUGAGCUGUAAUGCUCUGGCCAAAUUCACUGCUAUUUGACAACCAAUCAGUUGAACGAGGGUGUCGGCUUCAGUCUCUUGCAUGAAACAAAUGCAAAGAGUCUUCGUUUCAUCUUAAGGUUAGGCGUCCAAACACUUAC